AUGGCCUUAGGUCGCCGCGAUAUCCUCAUCGCUGGUUUUGGUGGCUGUCUUGCAUGGGCUUUACUCGUUGAAUGGCUCCCUGUCCUUCGGCUCCUCGGAUACUCCUUUGUGCUGGGUGUGGCUCUUACUGUUUUAGCCUUUGGUGCCCUAACCGUACUCUCCGUGCGCGAUGGCUUUGACUCCCGAACAAGACCAGCCAAUUUGGCUGGCUCUUCCAUUGCAUUCCUUUCUCCCCAGAACUGGGACGGACAUUGCGGACGCUACCGAGACGACGCGAAAUAUCAGCCGGUCACACUUUAUUCCCAGUCGUUCAUGGUCUCCUCGGCCUUGGAUGAGCUGAUUCAGUUAGCCCUGAGAGAUUUCAUCCGUUCGUGGUAUGAGCACAUUAGCAAAAGUCUCAAGUUCACGAACGAGAUUGACCGUACAAUACGGACAAUAGUCCACAAGUUACGAACUAAGCUGGAAAAGGAAGACCUGGUCGAAACCCUGGUUUCUCGGAUCGUACCAAUUGUGACCACGCAUUUCAAGGAGUUCGAUCGAGCUGAGCGAGCGGUGCGAGGGAAGAACCUAACCCACAAUGUCACCGAAUCUGAAGAGCUGGAUAUUGCUAUUGCGUUGAAAUACAAAGAUGGUAUUUUACACCCUGCUGCAUCGCCGUCGUUUCCAGACAAAAACCAUGCACAGCAAAAUCACCUUCGCAGAAUUGUCACUUCUUUGCUACCCGACUUGAUACCACCCAGUUUACUCAGUAGCCGGGCAGUGUCGAUUCUGAUUAGAGAAAUUAUCACAUGCGCUAUCCUUUUUCCCUUGAUGGAACUCCUCGCGGACCCUGACACUUGGAACCAACUAGUGGAAGCCUAUGGCAGGGCAACCAUCCAAGACCGAAAAACCGUUCGAAAACUUCGUGCUGCGCUAGACGAGCAUGCCUCUGUGCCUUCCAAGUCCAAACGUUCGCAUCAUUUUCCGAGGCUGCUUCCUAACGAUUCCGAGAGAGAUUUUGAGCGUUUCGUGAGAGCAAUCCGACGGUGUAACAACCUAUCCGAUGCCAGAAGGUUUAGGAAUCAUGUAACAAGUCAGUUAAAACGUGAAAGCAUGGUCGAUGGUCAGGAUCAGGUUUACUUGCGACGGCUCGAGACUGGCAAGAGAGUUCUUGACCAGAAAGUUGCAAAACUCUCAGUACUCGGCGGUCAUUCCACUGCCCAGGCCAAUACCGAUCUCCGCUACAGCUACAUAUCCAAGCCGCACGAAGUCUCUCUUGUUGACAUUAUGCAUAAUGCGUCGGGCCUUUCGUACUUUAUGGAAUACAUGGAUCGACUUCGUCUCAUGUCCUUAGUACAAUUUUGGAUUGUCGUCGACGGGUUCAGAAACCCCUUAGAAGAUGAUUUUGGGGAUGAUACGCCAACAAAAUCCGUUACCUGGACGGCGACAGACCGAAAUGAUAUGAUAUUGAUCAGCGAAAACCAUUUAUCAAAGUCAGAACUUCGUGUACCCGAGGAGUCGCGAAAAGCCGUUAAAGAGUUCAUUGGCUCCGGCAAACGAGCAACCCCCGAGCAAUAUCGCAAAGCUAGGACAGCAAUCCUAACCGCACAAUCUACGGUUUUGGAAGAAAUGCAAAACAGGCAUUACCCAGGAUUUAAAAGGUCGGACCUAUACUACAAAUAUUUAGCCUCCGAUGAGGCAGCCGCUGGCCUUUCUGCCCAAUUAGAAAGACCAGUGCCCACCGGCUCACCGGCUCCCGAUGUGCCCGCUGCCUUGCAGCGAACGGGCUCUCAGUCUAGCAACAAUUCCCGCGAUAUACGGAGAUCGGCGUUUUCGCCUAAUGAGACACCAAAAUUGGCACUUUUCACCGACAACCCGUCGAUGGAGAGGCGGUCUUUGGAUUCUCCUCGCCCACCCUUGUUUAACGAUGAUGUAGAGCCUGACCCAAUGGAAUCAUCAACGUACAGUCUUGGACAGGGAUCACACAAUGGAGAGGGAGAUAUGCAAGAUAGUCGAAUAAUAGCGAAUAUGGAAGCUGCCCUAAACGAUAUUAUGAGCACUGAACCGAAUGACGCACGAUUAGAUGAGCCGAGAGGCGAACUCAAGUCCCCGCUGUCGCUCUUUACAUCCACUAAAUAUGCAGACUCCUCUAGGAACUCGUUGGAUUCCACUCGUCCCGAUGGUUACCCUUCAGAAAAACCGAAACCAAGUAUUGCUUCUUUGGGGCUUGUUAACACUGCUUCUCGGAUUGGUGUUUUUACAGACGAUGAUCUCUUUCCGGACCAAGAAAAGUUCAUCGAAGAUGAGUAUGCCGACGAGCCGCUGGAAACCCAGUCUCCUGAAGAUGAAAUCCAUGAAGCUGCCCCGGGAGAUCUUGGGUUAACCGAGGCUAUCUCUGCGUUGAGUGCAGAUAUAGCCAAGUUGUCAUCACAGGAAGCCAUCAUCGAUACCUUGACUCGAAAAGCUGAGUUGACAAAUAACACCGCUGAGUUGCGAAUAUUAGGGAAGUCUAAAUCUAGCUUGCAGCGCGAGAUACGACGAAAGGAGAUGCAAAAGCAGCAAUAUAUCAUACAGGAAAGUGAUAAUAGUCUUUAUGGCCGCUCUGGCGUCCAAAUCAAGUCGAUUAUUGUUGGCAAGGAGGAAGAUGGCCGAAAGCCGGCGAGCAAAUGCCAGCGGCUUCCUGGGCUAUUCCCACGUCGGUAUAGUGAGUUUCACGAACUCCAUCACCAACUCCGGAUGCGAUACCCAGCUGUUCGACAACUUGAAUUUCCGCGCAGGAGGGUGGUUAUGAAGCUCCAAAAGGACUUUCUACAGAAGCGUCGCCAAGGCCUUGAAGCAUAUCUUCAACAGCUUCUCUUACUACCCGAUGUUUGUCGUAGUAGAGAACUCCGAUCCUUUCUAUCCCAACGUGCUAUCCUCCCUGCCACCAACACCACCGACACCCCACGCGACGGCGAAAGCCGCGACCUUGUGACGCGUAUCUACAAUUCCGUCACCGAUUCCAUGGACGAUAUUCUUGGUAAUAUCCCGGCCUUCGAUCAGCUGUCCGUCGCAGGACAACAUCUCAUGUCCGCUGCCACAGCCCAGCGCAGCUUAAACCCACAACCGGAUUUAAUCACUCCUGAAGACAACCUAACUGCCGCCGAAGCGGAAGCGGAACUCAACGCUUUUGAAGACCGCGAGCUAGAACCUUUCGUCAAGCCAAUUUGCGACAUGUUCCUCGAAAUAUUCGAACUCAACAAGGGCAACAACUGGCUCCGGGGCCGUGCCGUCGUCGUGGUCCUGCACCAGUUACUCGGCGGUACCAUCGAGCGCAAAGUCCGCGAAAUGGCCAAAUCCCUGGUGCAAGAUAGCGCUUUGCUGCGCUACAUCUCGCUGAUCAAAGACACGAUGUGGCCCGGCGGGCAGUUGCGCGAGACCAAGCCGCGCAGCCUAGCAGAGAAGAUGAAGAGUCGCACCGAGGCUAGCGUCGUGCUGGCGACGCUGAUCCCAGAUUUGGCGGGAAGUGUUGUGGGGAGGGCGAAUGCGCAGGCUGCUGCCAGGAGGGUGUUUGCCACGACGAACAACCGGAGGCUGAAUUUGCAUCUGGUGUAUGAGAUUCUGGACGAGGUUGUGGGAAUUUUGGCUGGGACUGCAAAGUAA